UCGUUUGCACGCACGUUCGUCAUGCUAGAGGAGGACCACUUUGUUUAAAAGCCCCGAGCUUGUGCCCAACACAAGCACACCUUGUACUCAAGUAGUGUGUUCUUAGCAGCUCAUACUUCACUUCUUUGCAUCAAUUGCAGUGAUGAGCAACGACAGGAACCUGGAGGUGAAGCGCGAGGUGCCCGGUGAGUAUGGCGCACCCAUACUCGGCGCCGUGCUGGAUCGGCUGGACCGUUUCUACGGCAAGAAUUUCUUCGAGAAGCGGAGGGACGAGUACGGGAGCACCGUCUUCCGCGUCAACAUGCCCCCCGGGCCACCAUUCUUCCCCGAUUCCAAAGUCAUUGCGCUGCUGGAUCAGAAGAGCUUCCCUGUCCUGUUCGAUCUCACCAAGGUGAGCAAGAAGGAUGUGUUCACCGGCACCUACGUCCCGAGCACCGGAUUCACGGGCGGCUACCGCGUGCUGCCCUAUCUCGGACAGGAGGAGCCCAAGCAUGCGCAGCUCAAGUCGUAUUGCAUGGACAUCCUCAGCAGCAACCACGACCGUUGGAUCCCGGAGCUCCGCGCGGCAGCGGCCGCCGGAUACGCCGAGUGGGACGCCGAGCGCAACAAGCCGAAGAAGUCCGGGGGGCUGCUGGGGGGGAUUGUCUCGGGGCUGUUCCCGGAUGAUCCCCUGGAGCUCAACCCUGUGCUGGGGAAGAUCGCGCUCCGAUUCCUGACCAAGACGGUGCUGGACAAGGAUGCAACCGAGGGGAAUGCGCUCACCGAGACCGGGAUCAAGCUGUGGACCGCGCCGCAGAUCGCCCCGGUGCUCAACGCGGGCCUGCCCGCCGUGAUCCAGGAGCCGCUGCUCCACACCGCGCCCAUACCCUUCAUCAUUGUGGCGCCCGAGUACCAGAAGAUCGUGCGCUUCUUUAAGGCCAACGGGGAGCGCGCGGUGUCGCUCGCGGUACCGCACGGUAUCGACCCCGACGAGGCCCUGCACAAUCUCAUCUUCUUCAUCUGUUUCAACACCUUCGGGGGGCUGACCAUUCUGUGGCCCGCGCUGUUCAAGCAUGUGAGCGACUUUAACGAGUUUGACCUGCAGGCGGAGCUGCGGGAGGAGGUGCGGCGUGCCGUGGGCGGCGGCGGCCUGGACGCCGCGGCGCUGGGCGGUAUGCCGCUGCUGCAGUCCACGGUGUACGAGGUGCUGCGGAUCGAGCCCCCGGUACAGUCGCAGUACGGCAGGGCCAAGGUGGACUUUGUCCUUGAGACGCACGUCGAGGCGUUCAAGAUCAAGGCCGGGGAGAUGCUGUACGGGUACCAGCCGCUGGUGACGCGCGACCCGGUGGUGUUUGAGGAGCCCGAGAAGUUCAAGCCUCGAAGGUUCAUGGGGGAGGAGGGGCAGCGCCUGCUGGAGCAUGUUUUCUGGUCGAAUGGCCCCGAGACGGGCUCGCCCAGCGUGGACAAUAAGCAGUGCCCCGGGAAAAACUUUGUGGUGUUGGUUACCAGGAUCUUGUUUGCGGAUUUCUUCCUCCACUACGAUUCGUUCAAGCUUGGGGAUGUGUCCAUCAGCGGUACCUCUUCGGUCUAUCCUUGCACCGAGCUCAAGAAGCGAGCAUGAAAUGAAAUGCUAUGUCUACAUGUGUGUCGUCUCUGCUCAUCAGCUUUCAUGCAAUUUCAAUAAAACCGGGGAUUACGUAUAACAGGGGAACAUUUUUUAUGUACACGUGCGGAUCAGAUAUUAUAUUUCUUCAAUUGCACACAA